AUGGCUCUGGCUGACGGGUAUGUCAGCAAGCAUAUUCGCAUUUGCUUUACUAUAGCUUUCUUUUUUACUUGUAAUGGCCAUAAAUCCUACUCCGAUAAGCCCAAAAGUCCUUCUCUCGCACUAUCCGCUGAAAAUAACGCCUUACAUAUAACUAGUUCUCAUUUCCGGACAAGAACUAGCUAUCAGAGCAGCACGCGCGCUGCACUGAUAGCUUUUCACCUCGGAUAUGCAGAAAAUCAGCUACUGCUUCUUCGGUCUUCAGUGGAAGGUAAAGACAAAACAGAUGUUUGUGCAGAGGCUAGCCCAAUGUCUGAAGUAUGGAGUUUCGACCGUACACUAUGGAUUUGGCGCCUCGUAAUUCCAAAUUCCGCAUUACUAGUAGGUUCUCUCGACGGUGCGCAACUUUGCGAGGAUACCAGGUGUCAUGGUUUUUGA